UAUGAGUAGAAAGAACAGUGAAGAGGAUAAUAUCAUUUAAUUUGAUGAUGAUGAUAAUAAUAAAUAAGACAAUAAGUAUAAGACAAAUGUUUAGCAACAAAUGAAAAUAAGAAAAGACUUCUAAGAUGAGGAAAUUAUUCAUGAACCGGGAAUGCAAUAAAUCAAUUAAUAAGAAUAAGACUUAAAUAACCUUAGAUUGAAUAGACCUUAAACAGCUGCAUAAUAAAUGAAAAUACAACAACAACAAUAAUAAGAAUAUGAAUAACAGAAUUAGUUUCAAUAGAUAUAAUACAAAAAUUCCAAUAAUCUUUAAAAUUAAUCAGAAGAAUCAUCAAAUAAUACUGAUGAAAGAGAUUAGCAUAAUUAAUCAGUUGUCAACUUCUAAUCAGAGAUUGGUGAACAAGUAGAUGUGGAGGAUAUAAUUCAGCAAGUAUAACCAAGACAUCUUGAAUUAUAGAGAAUUGAAGAUAAUGAUCAAUAAUCUCAAUUUCAAGAAUCAUAACAAUUACAAUAAUUGAACUUAUAACCACCAUCAUCAUAAAUGAAUUCAAGUCAUGUCUCAGUCAAUCCAUUCCCUCCUAAACUUGAAAUUUAAUAUGUAAAAGAAUAAAUGCAAGGUUAAGAUUAAGGAAGAGCAUUUCUUACAAGUCCUUUAAUGUAAGAUAGAACAUUAUAAUGCUAUAUUAAAAGAGAUAAGAGUGGUCUUGCCAGACUAUAUCCAGUUUAUCAUGUUUACACAACUGAAGAGGAUGUGUACUUAUUUAGUGCAAAAAAAGUAGUCAUGAAUACUACUUCCAAUUAUGUCAUUUCUAUGGAUAAGAGAGAAUUCUCAACCAAAAAAUCAUGCUUUUUGGGUAAGGUUAGAUCUAAUUUCCUUGGAACAGAAUUCAUACUUUGGGAUGAAGGUAAGAAUUUAAAGAAGUGUAAAGACACAUCCUAAUUUAGAACUUAAUUGGGAGUUGCUUAUUAUGAAAGUCAUAUUAUGUAGAAUAAAGGACCUAGAAAAAUGAAAGUAUUAAUACCUAAGGUUGGAGAAAGGAAUAUUCCAAAAGUAUUCUAACCUCUUCAUAAUAAUGAAGGAAUUUAAUAUGAUUAUUAAAAUAAUAAGCGUGAAUUCAUUGAGGAAUUCAUAAAUAAACCUCCUAGAUGGGAUGCAAAAAUGAAAGCUCAUGUUUUAAACUUUUUUGGAAGAGUAGAUAAACCUUCAGUCAAAAAUUUCCAAUUAGUAAAACCAAAUAAUCAUUAAUUCAUUCAUUUGUAAUUUGGAAGAGUCGAUGAUCUCUUGUUUAACCUUGAUUUCUGCUAUCCAUUAUCACCUCUUUAAGCAUUCUAAAUUUGUGUGACGUCUUUUGACUUUAAAUUUGCUUGUGAGUGAG